AUGGCUUCCCAAGACUUAGAGGUAAGUCUGUGUAAGGAGACCGAAGCAUGCCGUUCCGAAACGGAUGCGAGUGACAGCCUGCCAGACCCAAGUCUUUGGUGGGUUAACAAAGUUAAACGGCACCUGAGUGGCAACCCGCGACCCCCGCCGCCUAAAACUCCCCGCGAUUUGUUAUCUGGCUGCACGGCAUCGGGUGCAGACAUCAUGGUCAUGAAGGCUCUUGGGAUCCCCUUCACCUGUGUCGGGACGAGUGAGCCGGAGGCAAAGUACCGGGAGUUCCAGGCUUCCAACCAUGGGGGCUGCAUUGAGCAUAUGCAUCUGACCCUUUCCGACCAGACAGCAGAGACCCCGUGUGAGAUGCAUCCUGACUCCUGUGGUUGCAAGGUAGGUCGAGGGCAUUCUCUGGCGGUCUUGGGGUGUCCCUGCCCUCCGUAUUCAGUGAUGCGACAGAAGCGCCGAGUGAAUGGAAGUGUGCAGGAGCACCCUCACCACCAGGUUAUGUUUUGUGACUCAGUCGAGCGGCUUCAGAAGCAUGCGCCUGUAUCAGUGAUACUUGAGCAAGUGUGUGGGUUCGAUGAACCCGAGUGCAAAGACUCCAGCUGCACUUCUCUGCAGAGGCCGGGUUUUGCUGAAGUGGUGUAG